AUGUCGUUGCUGAUGUUUAAAAAGUUGGCCCGGACGGCUGUAAGCAGCAACGGUCGAUUGUUUUCAACUUCAAGGUCGCAAUUCAACGACAUUGUCCAGCAUGCUACAACCACGACCGUGACACAAUCGAUAUCAUUUGACCAACAAGCACCACGUCGGAAUAGAUUUGCCGAUCGGGAAAACCAAGCAGAUCAAGCAAGGCAAGCACAGCAGCAACGGAACGUCAGUCGUCGGAAAUCCCCCUACUUCCAAGUCACCGAGAACUUGAGCAUGAGGGAGUUGAAUCGAGUGCGUACCCUUCCCACAUUAUCGACAUUUUACGGCGGUAAUCCCGUGCACGAGCAAAACAUCAACCAGAUCAAGCAUCUCUUGCGCAAAUACGACUCGUUGCCCACGAGAGUAUUGACCAAUGAAGAACUCGCGCAGAACAAGUUCAUUGGAUUCGAAGAGUAUAAGGAACGCACGCAAUCGGGCACGAGAACGAAUCAAAAUAGUUAUAAAGAAUUGAUUUCGGGGUUGAAUAGGUUGAGGAAUAUCGAUUUGCAGUUGAUGCCCGUUGAAGUCAUUGAGUUGUUGAAUAAGUAUUAUUCUACUAGCGUUGGCCGGAUUACCACGCAGCGCAAACUUAAGGAGUUGGACCAUUUGGGGCGCGCUUUAUCGAGCGCCAAGCGGAAAAGCUCCGAGGCUAAAGUGUAUUUGGUCAAGGGAGAUGGACAAGUUAUGAUUAAUGGUAAGAAUAUGAUUGAGUAUUUUGGAAAUAUCUACGCGAGAAAGAAUAUUGUGUAUCCUUUCCAAGUUGUUGAGCAAGAGGGCAAGUAUAAUGUUUUCGCUACUGUUAGCGGUGGUGGCUAUACGGGUCAAAGUGAAGCUGUCAUGUAUGCUAUUGCCAAGUGUCUUGUGAUUUUCAACCCGUUGUUGAAACCCAGGUUGAGAAAAGCUGGGUUGAUGACUAGUGAUAGCAGGGUGGUGGAGAGGAAGAAGCCUGGUAAAUUGAAAGCUAGAAAAUCGCCAACCUGGGUCAAGCGUUAG